AUGUCUCCUUCACUGACCGUUACGUCUCCUUCUCUGACCGUUACGUCUCUUUCUCUGACCGUUACGUCUCCUUUACUGACCGUUACGUCUCCUUCACUGACCGUUACGUCUCCUUCUCUGACCGUUACGUCUCUUUCUCUGACCGUUACGUCUCCUUUACUGACCGUUACGUCUCCUUUACUGACCGUUACGUCUCCUUUACUGACCGGUACGUCUCCUUUACUGACCGGUACGUCUCGUUCUCUGACCGGUACGUCUCCUUCUCUGACCGGUGCGUCUCUUUCUCUGACCGUUACGUCUCCUUUACUGACCGUUACGUCUCCUUCUCUGACCGUUACGUCUCUUUCUCUGACCGUUACGUCUCCUUUACUGACCGUUACGUCUCCUUUACUGACCGGUACGUCUCCUUUACUGACCGUUACGUCUCCUUCUCUGACCGUUAAGUCUCCUUCUCUGACCGUUACGUCUCCUUCUCUGACCGUUACGUUACGUCUCCUUCUCUGA